AUGGAAGUAGAAGAGAGUUUAUAUGUCCAGCUUCAAAAGAUCAAAAAUGGGGAAGUUCCAAUUCCACAAGUCAACUUUAAUGGUAACAACGAUCAAAUUGUACGACGGUGGAAAAUGUCGAAAGUGACUCGGUUGGAACAUUUAGAAAAAAUCCAAUUAGACCAAGCAACAUCCGUUGCACAGAGUAUGGAAGUGUUACCGGAGUGUUAUUACAACAAUGUGAAAGUUGACCCGAACAUGUAUCGGUUCCAACAAAACACAAAACAGAGAAAAGGUGAAGAUGAGAGAGAGGGGAAGCACACACGUGCGGUCAAGAAAGGGAAAUUCGUGUUAAAGUAA